AAUCCCAACAGAUUGCCUCCCAUUCCAUCCAAAUCAACCCAUGAAUCUGGAGAAUCAUCUUCAAUGGAUCCGGAGCUGGCGAAAGCAGGAAGAAAAGGGCAAGAAGAAUACAGCUGAUACCGUAGUCCCCCAUCGAUUUGAUGUCCUCUUCGGACGGGGACGUCAUACCACAAAUCACACGGGCAAUGUGAGAGCUGCACAUAUCGCAGACAUGUUUCGAGACAAAUAUGAGGCUGCUGGGAAGUAUGGAAAGACAGCAAUUGCUGAACGUAUUGUCACAAUUAUCCAAGAAUCGCAUGGUCGGUUUUUGAAGUGGGAAGAUGACACAUGGGAAGAAGUGGACCAACAAACUGCGAGGAAUAAGAUUUCCCACUUUUAUCGAAACACGCGCAACAAAGGUGGCCCCAGCAAAAGCAAGGUAUCCCCAUCUGACGGCUCGGCUAGUUGUGGAGUGACCAGCUCAGAGGGAGAGUCGCUGGCGUCAGUUUUGUCCAAGAGAACACACUCAGAUUCACUGCAACAAUUACCACAGCGAAUUCAGAAACGGCACCAACGGGACGACUAACUCAAGGGGUUGUCAAAGAUUGGGACUUUGGAUUCCGGGAUGUCAGUGGAUGUAAUGCUGCUUCUCUGUGGGAGCCAACCUCCAGUAAUAUACAGUGUGGCAUGUUGGACAUUGGAGCUUGUGUUUGUCCCAGUAAGACUGAGCAUUCCUCUUGUUCGUUCGGUUACCUUGGUCUAUGGCAUCGCAAGCCGUCUCUUGGUAUCCGUUAUUGCGAGGUAAGCCGUAGUGCAAACGGGUACCGGUGUGUUUCGGUGGGCCUCAGAGCUGCAACGAGGCAGGCUUUGCACCCACCGCUUUGCACCCACGCAGCCAAGGCUUUGCACAAUCCAGUAUGGCUGGAGGAUCCGAGAUUCUCUACGAGGCGUUGCUGGUUUGUCUCUGGCAAACGUCAUGAAGACUUUCGUUGCUCCCAGACAAGCUCACACCAAUGCAACACUGUGCCGUCUUCAAUCCUCCCCACCUGAUAGCCAAGUACGUAGAGGUUGCCCUGGAUAUAUCGUGAUCCCGAUGUAGGCCAGCUCAAUUGUUCAGAAGUGCAAACUGGAAACCAAUAAGUUAAGCCUCCAUAGACAAGCCCCUGCUCAGUCAUGAGAAAUAAGUACUACUACCAGGUAGUAAGUAGAUACGUUAAGGAGCGAGGGGGGCUAAGCUAGGCAGCGCAUGCAGUGGUCGCACUCAUUGGGUGAGAGUGUGGGGGUGCUGGUACCAUAAGUGGCUGGUUUCAGAGUUGACCUUU